AGGAGAUCGGAUGGUAUGGGUGACGAAUAUCGAGACUCGGCUCGGCAAUGGAGAACUUACUCUCUUGUGUUGCUACUUUUCCUGGUCGCUCUAAUUGCUGGCUUUGCAGCAACGAUUGUGUAUUACGAAAUAGUCCGUAAACCUUACGGUGCAAGACACUGCAAUCGAGUCACGCUGACAGAACAACUUCUUCAAGGUGAUCCAAGUCACUCCAUUUUCCGAGAUCUUACAGAAAAUGAGUGGUCAGCUUUAGAAAAUUACUUGUAUUCCAACAAAGCUUUCAAUCUUAAAAGAAGAAACAUAUAUGCGCCGAAUUCGAGUUAUCUGUACUACGCCGAAUUGUUGUUGCCCAACAAAACAUCCGCUUUAGAUUUUCUGGACUUUAUAGGCCGGCCUCAGCCACCAAGAGAGGCGCGUGUUGUGUUGUUCCGUGGUGAUAAAUCUCCCCCAGUGACGGAGGAGUAUUCUGUUGGCCCGCUGAACAAAAUAGAAAAUCAUAGACUUCUAGUAUUGGCGCCAUAUCUCUACAGACCAGUGUCCGCCAUUGAAACCCGCGCGGUCCGGAAACUAUUGAGGCGAGUUGACGUCACGCUUAAAUAUGUCUUAGAGGAGAGUUACGAGGCUAGCUUCUUUGACUGUGAUCCACAAUGUCUAAUUCUGGACUAUUUCACUCCUGUGUCUCCAGCUAUGUCUGGGAGAAACGUCCGCCUAAUAUGGUAUUGGACUCAUUACAAAGUCAAACAAUCCAUGCUGAAUCCUGUAGACUUUUUCAUCUUAUUUAAUUUGGAUGGAUCAGAUCCUAACAAAUACCAUAUAGAAAAAAUAUGGUACUCAGGACAAGAGUACACAUCUCCCGAGCAUAUUCUAGAGGCGUUUAUUUCUGGAAAUUCGGCAAAAUCUUCGAUCCCAUUCCCGGUAGAUCCACACAUUCUACUCUCCGUUGAUCCCUCUAUUCCUACUAUGGUAUUGCGCAGUCCAAAAGUGGUAGAACCGGAUGGACACAGAUAUUCUGUCAAUCAGGGAAGAGUUCAGUACAUGGACUGGGAUUUCCACUUCAGAAUGUCGACAACAUUCGGGCCACAGUUAUUGGAUGUAAGAUACAGGAACACUCGUAUUCUGUAUGAACUCAGUCUCCAAGAGAUAGCAGCGAUUUCAUCCGGGCAUCACCCAUGGCUACGUCACUCCAGCCUCGUGUACAGCAGUCUUAUUGUAGAUAUGGAUGGUGAAGAUACUAGCCCAACAGCAAAUUCCCGGUUCUCUUUCUCUCGGACCAGUAGCACUGGUUCAAUUCCCGCAGGCUGUUUCUCUUCAGCCUCCUCGGCACAGGGUUCUGAUGAUGAGGACAGUGAUAGUAAGCCGACACUGAGCUACAAAGACAGGAGAAGAGAGGCUCACACACAGGCUGAGCAAAAGCGGAGAGAUGCCAUUAAGAAAGGUUAUGAUGAACUGCAAUAUAUUGUACCGACCUGUCAACAGACUGAUCAGAUUGGAGGUACCAAGCUUAGCAAGGCCACGGUUCUGCAGCGCUCCAUUGAUUACAUCCAGUUUCUGAUCACACAGAAAAAGAAGCAGGAAGAUGAGCUGGACUCUCUGAGGAAAGAAGUCAUGGCACUCAAGAUCAUGAAGGCAAAUUAUGAACACAUUGUGAAGACCCACCAGAACACACCCAUGCAUGGACAGAACCUUGUAUCAGAUGAGAGAAAAUUUCAAGUGUUUCAGAACAUCAUGGACAACCUGUUCCAGUCUUUUAAUGCCAACAUAUCAGUGUCCAACUUUGCUGAACUGUCAGGGAGCGUCUUUAAUUGGCUGGAGGAAUACUGUAAACCUCAGAAAGAAAAUGAUGAAGAUGGUAUAGGAAACAGUCUGUCUAUUGCUGAGGAAUUAAAACAAGCAGCAGAGGAAGCAGUGGAAGAGACAGGAUAUGUUUAUGAUGAGGCUUCUGGUCUGUACUACGACAAAAACAGUGGCUACUAUUACAAUCCUGAAACAGCCCUGCAUUAUGAUUCCAACACAGGUACAUAUUACACAUAUGAUUCAGUCUCUGGGACCUACAUCUUCCAUUCCCAAGUAGACACAUCCUAUGUACAGCAGUCUCAUGAGGAUACAACCUCUUCACAUUAUCCAGCAUAUACAGUCUCUGGCAGCUAUCAAGGGGACACAACCUCUGCACAUUAUCCAGCUUAUGAAGUCCCUGACAGCUAUCAAGGAGACACGACCACUGGAAGCUAUGAGGACUAUCAAGAAACUGAUGCCCAGAAUUAUGGGGACUCCUUCCAAGAUUAUCGAGACCCAAGUAACACAACAUUCACUCCAAGCAAGAAAAAUAAAAAGCGCAAAAAGAAAGCUAAAAAGGAAAAGAAUCCCAAAGCUCAAAAGGUGGACAAUAACGAGAAGUCUGAGUUAGUUGAUAAAGUCAGUGGUGAACUAAUAAAAGCUCAGGAAAGUCAUGUAGGAAAACAAGAAGCAGAGAUGGAAGAAGAGGAGGGGGAAAUUUUAACAGAGAUGGAAAACCUGGUGAAAUACCCCACAGGAAGUGAUGCAGGUGCUGGUGAUUCCAACAUGGAUGUUGCAGAAGACACUGAAUUGGAAAGUAAAUUUCAGAUUGAUAAAGCUGAACUUCAGGGACUGAAUAGAAAACAGAGAAGAGAAAAAAUAAGGCAGAUGAAAAGGGCAUUUGAGGAUGAAAGCAGACAGAGUGGUUGUGAACCAUGUAAAAAAAUAGAGAGAGUUGUUGAAUCCUCUGAGAAAAUAAAACGAAUAGAAAAAGAUUGUUCAACUGUUAGUAGUGUGCAGGAACAAGAGAUGAUUGAGACAGGGUACAGUGUGUUUGGUUGUGAUGAGCUGUGCUCAUUGUCCAAAUCUUCUAUUGAGAUGGAGGAAACAAGUACAAAUUCCUUUCUCCUGAUUUCAGACUCAAGUAUUGUGACAAAAACUUGCUCAAGUAGUUCCCAGGUGAACUCCUCUCAGGGCUCCAUUAGCAGCACUGCCACCACAAGCAGUGAACUCAGCAAGAAAGAUGUCACAAAAGUAAACAAACAUAAAGAACCAACAGACUGUGUGACUUCACCUGUAUGUAAGGACUGUGGAAAAACAGAUUGUAAAAUACAUAGCCUUCAGGAGGAAACACUGUACCAGGGAAACCUUAGUGAUGAUACACAAAACGCUGUCGAUUUUGAUUUUGUGAUUAAAGUGAAGCAUGAGAAUGGUGAUGAUUGUAAGCAAUCCAAUACCACUGAUUUAGGCACAGGAACCAGCAUGGAAGAAAGCUGUGUAAAGGAAGGCUCACAAUCAAUGGAGGAUGAUUCAACUCUCAAAUGUCCUGCUUCUGUUGAUACACAUUGUUCCACUCUAGAAACUGUUAGGAGUUCUCAGCCUGUUGUGUUAUGUGAUAAGAAUGAAACUUUGAAUCUAAAAGGGACAUCUGAUGAAAGGUCUGAUGGAGAGGAUAGUUGGUCUGUUUGUACAAACGACUCUGAGCUCGAGUCAGGGGAAUUGACAGAAAGCUCAGAGGAGAGUGAUGCAAGCUCAGAGGAGGAUAAGGAGAUGAUCCAGGAGCAAGGGGAGGAUCAAGAUCCGUAUUCCUUCCCUCCAUGUGUUCGGCUGAUUGUGACAGAUUCGGAUCAUCUGGAUUUUGGAUCCCUUUUCAUCAUCACCUGUGAUGGAGGCACCAUAGGGAGAGAGAAGUACCUGGGAAAUGUCAUCAUCAUACCAGACAUCAACAUCAGCAAGAUACAUGCUCAGCUAAAAUACAUGGCUGAUACAGGUCGAUACUACGUGAUGGAUUAUGGAAGUCAGAAUGGGACAUUUCUCAAUGAAGAAAGAAUAUCAGAGUCAAAAUGUAGCAGCACUUUCCUUCCUGUCAAUCAUGGGGAUUCUCUACAGAUUGGCUGUACCAGGUUUCUGUUACACAUCCACCCUGGUAGUGAGACUUGUGAUGAGUGUGAACCGGGUCAGGUUAAGGCCGCAUUUCAAGCUCAGCAAACAAAAGAUAUUCAAAUUUUGUCCAAAGAGGAGAAGAAAAAGCAAGCAAGACAGGAACUCAAUCAAAUUAAGAAGAAAUAUGGACUAAAGAAUACUGCAUACAUAGAUAACAAUGAAGUUAUAAAGAAUCCAAACUACCAGGACAGAGCUGAAGAAAGGAGAAAAACAAAAGGCAGUGACAAUCCUUAUCAGGUGGAUGAAGCACCAUCAUCUGUUCACAGACCCAUCACAGAGAACAAUGUAGGACAUAAACUUCUAAAAAAGAUGGGUUGGAGUGAAGGAGAAAGUUUAGGAAAGGACAACAGUGGUAUUCAGGAUCCUGUUUGUGUGAGCUUCCGAAUGAAUCAAAAGGCAGGCCUAGGAUCUGAAGCUGUGUGUUCCAGUUCUUUGGAUGACGUUGGGGAAGGAAAUAAAAGUAAACGAUGGCUGGAAGCUCAGCAGAGAUACAGGAAAGCUAUAGCUGAGAAACAGAUACCCACUCCUGCCUGGGUCAAAGAGAGCAAGCUCAAACCUAGUGAUUUCCUGUAGAAGGAGUUAUAGAGCUUCAUAUGGGAACAACAAAGCUAGUCUGAUCAGAAUUAUACAUCAAGGUAUCUCCAGAAUGGACACAUGGUCAUUAAUAAAUACUGGGGAUAAUUCAAAAUGGUACAGUGUCAGAUAAGUGUGAAAAUGUUGUAUUUGUGUACCGGUAAUCUAAACAGUGAGACAGAAAAGGAAAUGGGCAGCUACGAUUCUGUAUAAACAGAGACAGGAUAUACCUUUCUGUAAAUGUUAAAUGAAUACAGAAAGAUGAAAUGUUACUUAGUUGUUAAUGUUUUAAUGCUUGUUUUCAGUAAAAGAUGUUAA